AUGAAUCCAUGGCUGGCUCAGAGCAAACCGUCUGCGCUUUUGCGUCUCCGCUACGUCUGUACAUUAUCCCGGAGUCACGCUUCCCGCCUUGAACCGCACAAUUCCACCAAUCUCCUUGGUGCGUACUUCAAAUCGGGAAGGGUUUCGGAUGCAGAGAAGCUGUUCGAUAAAAUGUCUGACAGAAACGUAGUCUCGUGGUCCAUUGCUAUUCACGGCUACGCCAUCAAUGGGCAUCACGUGAAGUCGAUCAAUGCGUUCACCCAGAUGCGUCACUCCGGUUUGGUCCCCAAUUCCUUCACUGUGGUUGGAGUCCUCAUUAGUACCGCCGGUUUGUCUGACUUGGUCCUCGGCAGGUCUGUGCAUGGACUUGCCGUCAAAAGUGGGUUGCAGUCGGAGUCGAUCGUUGCAACCGCAGUGUUGGACAUGUAUGCCAAAUGUGGAAACGUGUUCGAUUCUUAUAAAGUGUUUGAGGAGCUGAAGGACUUGCAUUUGGUCUCGUGCAAUGCCAUUGUAGCGGGAUUUAUUGCCAAUGGGCUAUGCAGGGAAAGUUUUGUGCUUUUCGGAAAGUUGAGGAAGGCUGGUUUAACUCCUAAUUCGUCUACGAUGUUGACCCUUAUUAGAGGCUGUAUUGGCUUAGGGAUUAGGAUUCUUUCUGAAUCAAUUCAUUGUUUAAUUAUUAAGCUAGGCCUUGGAUUGGAUGUUUCUGUUAACAAUGCAGUUAUUGGCAUGUACUCAAGUUUCCUGGACAUUUCUGCAACCGGCAAAGUUUUCCAGGAGAUGGAAUGUAAAGACAUUAUCAGUUGGACAACCAUGAUGGGAUUAUUGGUUGGCAUAGAAGAUGCCCUUGGGGCUAUUAGGCUCUACUUUGAAAUGAAGGGCAAUGGGUUUUAUGUUGAUGCAGUAGUAAUCAUGCAUCUUAUUUUGGUUUCUGCAGCUUUAGGAAACUUGAAUGUGGGAAGACAAGUCCAUGCUCAAGCUGUAUUCCUUGGACUGCUAACAAAGCUUACUGUUGUAAAUUCCCUCAUCAAGAUGUACCUGAAGUGUGGCGACUUGGAUUCAUCAAGCACUCUUUUUGAUGGAACUGCUGAGAAGAGUCCGGUCACUUGGACUGCUAUGAUCUCAGGACUGACAAAUAAUGGCCAUGCAAGAGCAGCUUUGGAUCUCAUGGGCAAGACAAGGUGGGAUUACAGGUGUUCCCUUGAUUCAGUGUCGAUUAGCAGUGCUAUAAUUGCUUGCGGUGAAAUUUCUGCUUUCGAGUUCUGCCUGCAGCUUCAUUGCUAUGCAUCCAAGAUGGGAUAUGCACAUCAUGUACCAACUUCAAACAGCCUUAUAUCAGCUUAUUCCAAGUGUGGAAAUGUCCAACUUGCGCAUAUUGUAUUCAAGGAUAUGGUUCCUUUUUGCAAUGUGGCCUCUUGGAAUAUGAUUAUAUCUGGCUAUGGUAUCAACAGCCAAGGAGAACAUGCUGUUGCCCUUUAUCAUGAAAUGCUGAAAGACGGCAAUGAAGAACCUGAUAGUGCGACUUAUUCAGCUGUACUUACUGCUUGCAGUCAUGCAGGGUUAAUAGAUGAAGGUGUGAUGAUAUUCAAUCAGAUGGUGGAAGAUGGUAAAGUGAAGCCGAGCGAAGAGCAUUUUGGUUGUGUUAUCGACUUGCUAGCACGAGCAGGAUUUGUCGAUGAUGCAAGUGGGUUUGCUAAGAAGUUCCCUGAGAAAAUGAGCCUGAAUGCUUGGAAGGCUUUGCUCGGUGGAUGUUCUGUUCAUGGUGAUUUGCAGGUUGCUGAGCAUGCUGCAAGGAGGGUAUUUGAGCAGGAGUACGAGGAGUCAGGUGAGGUUGUGCUCUUGUCGAAUUUAUAUGCAUCAGUUGGAAGGUUUGAAGAUGCUGAAGCAUUGAGAUUGAGGAUAGAGAACAAAGGUUUGAGUAAGGAUCCCGGGAGUAGUUUUGUUAAUGGUUUGAUGCAUUAUGAUUGUGGUUGA